AUGAUGACAAUCGACAAGGGUCGCAUGAAUAUGGGUUCGCAGAAUAGCGGUCUUGAUGUCUGUGUCGAUUUGAGUGGUACUCACGAAGUAUCGACUGGAGUAUUCUACAAUUGGAAUGGUUUACCCAUUCCUUCAAUAAGCAACGAUGUACAGAAGGAUUUUGUCGCUACCUCAAUGUUUCUGGAAGCUCUUCUUGCUUUACUUUUGAACAUUUUUUGUGCAACAACGAUUUUCCGGAAUUCCCGACUCUCAAAAGCUGUCAAAUGCUAUCUUUUAUUUGAUUGUUAUUGUCGACUUAAUGAAGCAUUUACAUUCAUUUAUCAAGCACAUUGUGUGUUGACAUGGACCUGUGUAAACCCGAUUGGAUCUCCCAUAUCUGGUUUAAUGAUCAAUCGACUUGUUACUUCCUUUCAUCUUGGAAUGCUUUAUUCUAUGCAAAUGUUGGGGCACGGACUUUGUCUAAAUCGGCUGUUCGCCGUAUUCUUCAAUGGAAUUUUCUACAAGCAAGUUGAAAGAAUUGCUCUCCCACACAGCGUUAUUCUAUGGGCUUUACCGAUUGGUGUUUAUCUCUAUCAGAUUGGAGAUCUGGUAAAUCCGGAUGGGUUCCGGUGCUAUGGUUGUUGGUUUUUCACUCCAUUAGAGUUCUGUAACACUUGCAUGGUUACGUGGAAUGAAACUGUUUAUUUUCUCACAAAACGUUUUGAUUAUAUUAUGUACGGAAUUUUGGUCACAACGGUUAUCCUUGAUGUACUGACUUUGUGGAAAGUUCGGAGAAUUAAAAAGUCUUCUCAAUCAAAGCAACGGGCUGAUGUCCGAUUAUCAAUUAUGCUUGUUACCACCCAUUUGAUCACAAUCUGCUUUCUACUUGGGAACUAUAUUACAAACUGUGUUUUCACCGCAGAAUCCCCGAUUUUCUAUUAUUUGAUUCUAAAAGUUUCACCAUUCAUUGUUCAUUGCAUUCUGGGAUGUGUCGUCAUCUUUUUCAACCUGCAAUCCAAACCUCAAAAAGUCCUUCGUCCAUCGAGUCUUACCGUUUCGAACAAAAAAGGAUCGGCAAUUAAACGCUCUCUGUCCAAA